UUUUGUUCUACAUGUUGAAGAAAUCGUCGGGCCUGAAAAUUAGUAAUUAUCGCCGGAGUUGACAUACACACACACGAAACAACGACGAGAGAGAUAGAUUCGGGAAGAUGUGGAACAACAAGUAUGAUUUGGAGUCGGCGCAGACGCCUCUGUACCCGAUGAUGUUGGAGAGCCCCGAGCUCCGUUGGUCUUUCAUCCGCAAGGUCUAUUCCAUCAUCUCCAUCCAGUUGCUCGUCACGAUCGCCGUCGCCGCCACCGUCGUUAAGGUUCAUUCGAUUUCUGUCUUCUUCACCACCACCAACGCCGGCUUAGCGCUCUACAUCCUUCUUAUUUUCACUCCGUUGAUUGUGAUGUGUCCGUUGUAUUACUAUCACCAGAAGCACCCUGUCAACUAUCUAUUACUCGCGAUCUUCACCGUCUCUCUUGCCUUUGCGGUUGGCUUGACCUGCGCCUUUACUAGCGGGAAGGUCAUUCUCGAGGCUGUGAUUUUGACAUCUGUUGUGGUGAUAUCACUUACUCUCUACACUUUCUGGGCUGCCAAGAGAGGCCAUGACUUCAACUUCCUCGGACCUUUCUUGUUCGGUGCCGUCAUUGUGCUCAUGGUCUUUUCUUUCAUCCAGAUUCUGUUCCCUCUAGGUAAGAUCUCAGUGAUGAUCUAUGGUUGUAUUGCAUCCAUCAUCUUCUGUGGCUACAUUGUCUAUGAUACCGACAACUUGAUCAAGAGGCACUCGUAUGACGAGUACAUCUGGGCUGCUAUCUCUCUUUAUUUGGAUGUCAUUAAUCUCUUCCUCUCUCUCCUCACUCUCUUAAGAGCUGCUGAUAGUUAAAAGCGCUCUACUUUCAUCUGUUCUAAUUCUUUUGUCUGGCUUGUAAAAAAAAAGGUUGAACGUUGUAACAUUGACACAGGAAGCCAAUAAUAUAUUGUACUUGUUAGCUUUU